AUGGCUGACAAUCCUCGCCAGGAUCUGUACCUGGAGAUUUCUCGAAACCUGGUAGAUGUAGAACUUACCAAUCUUCGUAACUAUGUCAGCGGUGCAAAGAUUUUACCAGCAAGAUUCGUCGAGAAAGCCGACGGUCACCAGAUCUGCAACCAACUUGAGAAAGAACAGAAGUUGAAACCAGGUGAUCUCUCUCUUCUGGCAAACAUCUUAAGAAAAAUCGGCAGACAUGACUACGCUGAGCAGGCGGAGAAUGUUGCUGAGAAUGAAAGGAAAGAACAAAACAGCGGGAGAAGGUCGGCUGUUUGCGACAGUUCAUCCGACCAGGAGACACCUGCCAAGCAACGAAAGCAACACCUUGGCGCAAAGCAACAAGAGGGACGGUUCCAACGGAAGACGAAAGUUGACGUGUCGAAGUAUUUCGACAAAGUCAUCCAUGAUGUCAGCGCCGAUUGGGACGACUUGGCGCGAGAGCUGAAAUUCAAGAGAAACGAGAUAAGAGGAAUAGAGGCCAUGGAACGUGACAUCGACAGAAGAUGUAGAGAGAUGUUAGAAAGGUGGAGAAACAGGGAAGGAAAAGCUGCAACUCUUCAAGCUCUGAAGAGGGCUCUCGUCAAGAUUAAUCACAAACUCACUGCUGAAACAUUGGAAUUGGAAGAUUCAUCAGACUCUGAGUCUUCAGAAGACUAG